AUGGCCAAGCCAGCACCCACCACAACCACCACUACAGCCAAGCCAACGCCCACCACACCAAAACCCACAACUAUGGCCAAGCCAGCACCCACCACACCCACCACUACAGCCAAGCCAGCACCCACCACACCAAAACCCACCACAAGUGUGGCUAAGCCAAAACCUGCCACAGCCAAGCCAACACCCACCACACCAACAUCUACCACCACUACAGCCAAGCCAACACCUGCCACUACAACACCAGCAAAGCCAAAACUCACCACUACCGCACCAGCACCUACCACAACGGCAAAGAUGCAACCAAAAACUGCCACAGCCACAAACCCAGAACCCACUGAAACAGAAAGACCCAAUCCUACUGAGGCAACUGGGCUAACUCUUUCCUUUGAGUCCACGUUAGACGUCGAUUAUAAAGUAUCUCCAGAAGUAGACGUAGACACCGGAGAGCCUGUUAGCCCCUUAACCACAGUGGAUCCGGCUUUAUUAGAAAGCAUGGGCACAGCCUUCAGCCCCAAAUCAUUCCCAGAAACAAAUAAAGGUGUCAAAGAGGAUGGGAAAGAGAAAUCAGCCUUUUCCAGUCCACCUCCAUCCCUCAGCCAAAUUGUUCCAGAGAUCAAGUUAGGUUUCAAUAAAGCUGAGCUCAUAACCCCCUCAAAGUCAGUGGUCUUCAGCCCUGGAGAGCCCACCUUCUUGCGCUUAACAUCAUCUUCCAAAGAAAAAAAAGGGCAGAGCCCUGCUUUCCAGACCUCCCUCUCAGAUCUUCCCCUCUAA